UCCUUUCUGGAAAUGUACAUGUUUUUAAUAUCUUUACAAAUGGUAGUUCACAAUUUAAGAAAUAACACGAUACACAACUCGCGUGACCUACUAGUCAACGAUCAGACAUGACUAAUAAAUGAAAUCUUCAGGAGUAAAGACACACCUUCGCAUUGGACCAAUGUAAUCACUUGUGUGUUUAAAAUGUCGGCCAGUUGAAAUGUACGUAAACAAAUGUUCAAACGGCGCUGGACAGUUAGUUUUGAUGCAUAAUUUAACGGCAAGAACGGUAAGAACGGUAAGAAUGUUUUGUUUUUCAUACGUUUUAUUGAAUUAUGGUACCUAAUUCCGCGAACUUAGCACGGAAAAUGCCUAUUAGUCCAUGACGAUGUCUGUCUUCGAUAGGGUCUGAUCGAUGCCUAGUAGGUCACGUGAGUUCUGUAUCGUGUUGUUUCUUAAAAUUUGACCCAGCAUUUGUAAACAUAUAACAAGAUAUGUACAUUACCAGAAAGGAAAUUCAUUUCUGCGUUGAAUAAGAUCAAGUUCAUGGAAAUAGCUGCACAAUUGUUGAAGUCAUGGCUGUUCAAAGCGAUGCACCCUGUAUUUUUGGUGAUCUUGAGUUGAAUACCUUGUUAAAUAUAUAUUUGAUAGUGACUUUUUAUUUUUUAGAGAAGUUGAAUGUUCGUAAUAAUUUAAUUAGUUUUAUUCAAAAUGAUCGUUUUACUAAUUACAAUCAUUGUCACACGCUAACCACCUUUUGUUUACAUAAGAAUGUAUAUCACGUACUACUAUAAAUUUCUUGCAGAUCAUAUAGAAUACAUCAAAGACCUGAUUGGUGUCGACCACGUGGGUAUAGGGUCGGACUAUGAUGGCGCAGACAUAUUCCCUGUAGGCUUGGAGAAUGUCUCUUUCUAUCCUGAGCUCUUUGCCGAGCUGGUGAAACGAGGCUGGAGUGACAUUGACCUGCAAAAGUUGGCGGGAAGAAAUGUCAUUCGCGUGUUCCAUGAAGUGGAGAAGGUUCGAGACAGCAUGAAGUCAAUUGAUCCAAUUGAAGACCAUCUUGACCCGUCAGAGCAGAUCGACCGGAAAUGCCGAACUACGUGGUACUAAGGAACAAUCUCAUAGAUUUUGCGAUACAUAUCUUCAGAAAUACCAAAUAUAAUAAAUUCUUGUCAAAUGUU